AUGAAAAAACUAGAGAAAGAAAGAAAAAGGAAGGCAUCGAUAUAUAGUUAGGUAGUGGGGAAGAAUGGCGAAAGAAGUAGUUGAAAAGAAACUCUACAAUGCUGCAUCAAAAGGGGAUCUAACAACACUUAAACAACUUGUUCAAGAAGAUCCAUAUCUUGUUCAUGAAGCCCCAUUUGCAUGUUCAAGAAAUCUUCUACACGUAGCAGCAAUGCACGGACAAUCAGCCAUCGUUGAAGAGGUGUUGAGGAUGAAUCCACGUCUAGCUCGGAUUCCAGACUCCCAGAAAUCAUCGCCUCUCCACAUCGCAGCAGCAGAAGGGCACGUCAUCAUCGCCUCAAAACUGCUAUCAGUUGCCCCGGAGAUGUGCUGGUGGCGCGACGACCAAGGCAUGAACCCGGUUCAUGUUGCCUCCAUGAACGGGCAUGUCGAGAUAGUCGAGCAUCUCGUUCAAGAGAGUUGUUUGCCUGCUAUGGAGAGGCUGCAUCGGGGACAGACUGUGCUGCACCUGUGUGUGAAACAUGGCCAGUUUAGGGCAUUGAAGGUUUUGGUGGAGAAUUUGGGAGAGCUUGUGUGUGCAAAGGAUGAUGAUGGCGAGACACUCUUGCAUUUGGCCGUCAGAUGCAAUCAAGUUGAGACUAUACAAUACUUGGUGGAUAACAAAACCGUGGAGAGGCAAACACGAAACUCGAUGGGCAAAACAGCGCUGCAAGUCUUGAACGAGAGCCCUCCACACACAGCUACCUACACAAAAAUAAAACGAAUCUUGAAAAAUUUAUCAAACGAAUCAUAUUUCCAUGUUAUUCCUAAGAUGACCGACGUCACGAUGGUGGUGGUGGUAUUGAUCGCCACCAUGGCGUUCCAGGCGGCCCUGAACCCCCCCGGCGGUGUUAACGAUCACGGCGAGGCCGUGCUGGCGCACAAUCACCCCAAGGUAUACAGAAGCUUGAUUCGCUCCAACAGCACGGCCUUCAUCUCAUCUCUCCUCACGAUCUUCCUCAUCACCACCGGCCUCCCGUCCACCAAUUUUUUCUUCAUGGCGGUGGCCAUGUACGCGACGUGGGUGUCGCUGACGGCCAUCAUGAUCAGUUAUGGGACUUCCCAGGAUAUAAUCAGUCCUAACUCGAAGAGGCAAACGAUAGGGCAUGUGAUUAUGAUAGUGGUGGCGGUGGUUUUGAACUUUUUUGGGUUGACGACGGCGUAUGUUGUUAUAAGUAAGUUGUACGUUUCGUGGAAGGAGAAGAAACGGCAGCAGCACGAUCUCACAACCGAUCAUUUCGUCCGCCGCCUCUUCUAUUGGAUUUUCCAGCAGUUGGAGAGGCGAGGGUUUUUGAGUGGUUGAUUCGAGAUCUCAAUCACCACUUCAUUUCUUAGUGCUUGUUUGGUUCUGUUGAAUGAAGUUGCUGAUUCAUCAUUGACACAUCAGUAUUUAGACUUGGUCAUAGUUUGUUAUUUUGUUAUUCCUAUUUCUUAGCAUUUCAAGUUAGUAGAGUAUCGUAUCUUGCUAGUGGCUAGGAUAUUUUUGAUUUUCUGUUGAAGAGUAUC